AUCUUGAUCCGUGUUCUUGAAUGCUCAGUGCAGUGUGUGAGAGAGAGACCGUUUUGACUUUUCUUCCCCAAUUUAACUAAACCGUAUCUGUUCUGCCUCAGAAUUCUUCAGAUACACAUUUGCAUCUUGCAGCUUCUACACUGAGACCAUGAAUUAUUGAGGUCUCUUUGGCAGCACAGCUCUAAACUGUAAUUAGUUGUGUCAAGCACCUUUUGUCAUCCUGCGUUUCAAGAACAGCGGGAGCGCAGGGGGAUGCAUUGUUUCUUUAAGACAGAAAUUCUCGUGAGGAAGGGAGAGAGAAGAAAGCCAAUGAGAGACAGAGUGUACAGAAAGAGUUGGUGACACCUUGGUGUGUGUAGUCAAGCGAGAGAGGGAAAGAGAGAAACAGAGGGAGAAACGGGGAGAGAGAGAGAGAGAGAGAGGGGGGGGGAGAGAGAGAGUGUGUGUGCGAGAGCUGCUGGCUUCAGCAGAGAAUGCCAUUGUGAUGAAUGUUUACAGCACUUUUUUGAGAGCCAAUUAUCCGCUUCUGUGUGACUCAUAGAGAUCAUUUCAGCUGGUAGCAUGCACACAGCGACGGCAGAGCUCUCUCUCACUGCCGAUGGAAAGCCGGAGAGGAGUGGGAAGCUUCUUCACUGGCAGGCUGGAGAAUGCAGGACAUAGACCUGAACUCUGAGGGAACUCACCAGUUACAGUCCAUAGGAUAAACAAUAUAAGUGUAACAGUUGGACACAUGUUCACUCAGUGCUAACGUACAUCAUAAACAGACUGCUUGUGAAGACCUGUGAAUUAUGCAGAAAGGUUUCAGUAGGAGCUUAUCAGUCCUAAGGCUGGUGUGGAAGUCCCUGGACAAAAUGAGGUGUUUCCGAAAACGUUCUACCAUACCACUCCUCGGUGUCCUGAUCACCUGCCUUCUCUUUGUGAACCUGUAUAUCGAGGAUGGAUACGUACUGGAAGGGGACAAGAGACAACUGAGAGAGUCUGCUGUACACCAACUGAACUCUGAACGAUACGUGCACACCUUUAAAGAUCUCUCAAAUUUUUCUGGAACUAUAAAUGUAACAUAUCGUUACCUAGCAGGGUCACCUCUACCAAGGAAAAAAUAUUUGACCAUUGGUUUGUCGUCUGUCAAGAGAAAAAGAGGAAAUUAUUUAAUGGAAACCAUCAAGUCCAUUUUUGACCAGUCCAGCUAUGAGGAGCUAAAGGAGAUUGUGGUUGUGGUCCACCUGGCAGACUUUGAUCUGGCCUGGUGUGAAAGCUUAGUGCAGGACAUCUCCAGGAAGUUUGGCCACCACAUCAUUGCUGGACGCUUGCUGGUCAUACAUGCACCAGAGGAGUACUACCCAUCUCUGGAUGGACUAAAGAGGAACUACAAUGACCCGGAAGACCGGGUCAGGUUCCGGUCCAAACAGAACGUGGACUAUGCUUUCCUCCUGAACUUCUGCACCAACCUCUCUGAUUUCUACAUGAUGCUGGAGGAUGAUGUCCGCUGUGCCAAGAAUUUCCUGACAGCCAUGAAGAAGGUGGUCAACUCCAGGGAUGGGUCUUACUGGGUGAUGCUGGAGUUUUCGAAGCUGGGCUAUAUUGGGAAACUGUACCACUCAAAGGACCUGCCUCGUCUGGCCCACUUCCUCCUCAUGUUCUACCAGGAAAUGCCCUGCGAUUGGCUGCUCAUCCAUUUCAGGGGUCUGCUGGCGCAGAAGGACGUUAUUCGGUUCAAGCCCUCCCUCUUUCAGCACAUGGGUUACUACUCUUCCUACAAGGGAGCAGAAAACAAACUGAAGGAUGAUGACUUUGAGGAGGACUCCUUUGAUAUCCCCGACAACCCGCCCGCCAGCCUACACACCAGCAUUAACGUGUUUGAGAACUAUGACGCCACCAAAGCUUACAGCAGCGUGGAUGAGUACUUCUGGGGGAAAGCGCCAUCUACAGGAGACUUCUUUGUGAUUGUCUUUAACAAAUCGACCAAGCUUAGCAAAAUCAAGAUCAUCACAGGAACUGACGAUCGGCAAAAUGACAUUUUGCAUCAUGGAGCCUUAGAGGUGGGGGAAAAGUUAGUGGGGACCAAAAAGGGAAAGCAGUGUUCAUCAUAUAUUACUCUGGGGGAAUUUAAGAAUGGGAACAUUGAGGUCCAGGAAGUGGACCAUAAGAUUGCAUUUGACAUUGAAUGUGUUCGAAUUGUGGUCACAUCCAGUCAGAAAGAGUGGCUGAUUAUCAGGAGUAUAAGCCUAUGGACUACACAGCCGCAAAGUCAAUAAGUUCUCCAGUGGAAUGCAAUCCUCCAUGACCACAACGCCAACAAACUAUUUUAUUUGUCUAUUUAUUUAUUUGUUUAUUUUUCUAUGACUUGAAAAUAGAUGUUUCUUUUUGGUUGCUUUUACUAUGCUUUUAGGAAUAUUUUCACAGAAAACGAAACCUGAAAUCUGAGUGGUGACCUCAAACUUUACAUCUGAAACAAAUAUUCUUGGUCUUGUUGUUUAUUAAUUUAUUCACUUUUUCUGAUAAUCAUGAGUAGUCCAUCCAGUAUAUUUAUGUAAUUUAUUUUAAACAUGCAAUUUUAUCUCAGCUUUAUACAUCUAUACUGUUAUUUUGUACUUGACCACCUGCCUGGUGCUUAUUGGUGUGACUUGCUGAGUAUAGUUACAUCAGAGAAAUCAUCCCUCAAGCAUGUACCUUAAUGGAAAUCCAGAUCUCAAAUGUGCUUUUGAACUGGUUUGUACAAACUGUAAUAAUAGUGCAUGUUGAUCACCAGAGACUGGGCAGUUACUGCCAGUUCUGAGCAAGCUGUCUUUCUGGACUGUGUAAUAUCGAGAUAAUAGAUACUCUGAUGGGGCCUAGAAAAUGUUCAUGAGGGAGAGCCUAUUCAAUAGUUUGCAUUAGAUGGUGUGUUGCAGAAGAAAACCCCGCCAGUCAUAAACAGAAUGUCCAGAGCCGUACAUUUCCUAUUCUGCUUAUAUCGGACAGUUUUUAAAUGACAAAUUAUUAUUAUCAGCACCACCGCAGCAGACCUGAUGUAUAAUUCUCUACUGUGUGUGCCCUGUUUCACGACUGACAAUAUUCCAGUUCAGACACACAUGACCAACUUAACUCACUAAAACAAAAGUAAGCUUCUUCUUCUGAAUAUGCAAGGUGAAUUUUUGUUUUACCUUUGAAAAGACAAAAGGAAUCUUGGCCUAUACCUGGUUUUUACUAUAAAUUGCCAACGACAUUGUGUGUGUGCGCGUGUAUGUCCGUGUGUAUGUGCGUAUGUUUGUACAGUGAGCUCCAUAAUAUUUUGGACAAAUACUUUUUUUCUUGAUUUGGCUGUACUCCACAAUUUUUGAUUUGUAACAAAACAAUGCAUGUGUGCAAAUUCUCAGCUUUCAUUAAAGGGUGUUUUUUAAUAUACAUUUUGCUUUCACCAUGAAGAAAUUACAGCACUUUUUAUACAUCGUCUGCCAUUUCAAGGCACCAUAAUGUUUGGGACAAAUGGCUUCACAGGUGUUUCUAAUUAGCCAGGUGUGUUCAAUUGCUUUCUUAGUACAGGUGUGAGAUUGUAGGCUUUUGAUAUUAUUUUGAGUCUGUUAUAGGCAUUUGUCAACAUGAGGAUCAGAGUUGUGCCAAUGAAAAUCAAGAAAGCAGUUAUGAGGAUGAGAAAUAAAAAAAAAGGCUACACUGCAAGAAGAAGGCCACUGGUUAGCUGCAAAAAAGGUCGCCAGUUUUUAAAUAAAAUCUUUAACCACAUGUGAAUUGUUUGAUUAUAAGUCUUAAAUUUGGUGGGGUGGUUUUUGUAAAGCUGGGAGUAUACUUCAUACAAGGUCAAACUCAGACGAAAGCAGUGCCACAUACCAACAUUUGUAAGCUCAUUGCAGCAUCAAACUGUUCGUUUAGUGGCACUCCACGCCAGUUGAGGGCGCAGAUUCAGAUUUUGUGGUUGUGACAACCACAGGAAACACAGAAGUGACAAUGUUUCUGGCGCCAUUUUAUUUUUUUUAUUCUUUAGCACUUAAUUUGUAGCCCAUAGUGUGCUUGGUUUGACUUAAUGUGUAAAAACAGUCUAUUGUUUUGCUUUAUAUGCCAUAUAUAUUUGCAUAUUUUGUAUUUCGUAGACUGUGUUAAAAUAAAAAAAUGCACAGAAAGAAAUGGCUAUGGUAAAGGAGAAGAUACUUCAACAGAUGGAUGUUGAUAAGUCACUUAAAUGUAUUUAGUGCAUGCAAAAAAGAAACAAACAAAGAGAAGAUUGUAUGUUUGUCUGUUCAAUCAAAUGAGGAGAACACAGCCAAUGUUCUGUAGCCACACAUGUGAUAUUUAGGCCAGUUGCAGGCGAUCUCUGCAUUGACAUUGCUGUAGAGCUAGUUUGGCCAGGAGGGAUGCACUCACCGUGGUGGCCAAAGUAAUUUAUUUUGUACAAACUAGCCAAAGUUUAUUUCCGCGGCAUUACAUCCAGCUUUAGUGUUGUUCGUAGUCCUUCUGCACAACUGAAACUCAAGAGGAAUGUCACUGCAGUACAGAGUACUGUGUUUGUUUUCCUUGACCAUAAGAAAGCCAUGACUGGAGUAGGUGUCCUAGAGUUACAUCAUGGCAGUCUUUUUCCAAAAUAAAUUGUGUUGACUCCCCCCACAUCCACUAGCACCCAUUACAGUGGUGUUCCUUUUGACUGAGAACUUAUAAAGAAAUUGCCGUUUUAAUUAAUAGCAUUUCAUUAACAAAGUAUUACAUCAAUAUUUUAUGAGAUUUUAACUUUUUGGGGAACAGUUUUUCAGGUAGACAUUCUGUGGCUCAGUAGAAAUAUAUUUUAAAAGCUAUAUAAAUCAGUAUAAGCAGCUGAUCAAUGGUAAUUCAUGACCCAGUAAAACUAUUUUAAACUCAAUGGUGGGAAAAGAUUUAUUUGUUUGUUUGUUUGGUUGUUUGUUUGUUUACAGUCUUCCAAAAGGAAAACAGGCUGAAGACAUAUGCUGCAUGUUUACAUGUCUAACUAGAUGGAAUUUAAAUGGCAUUUUAGGAAUUAAUGGUUUAUUGUACUGUGUCCACACUUAACAUUUAUGGUCAACAUAUGGGGUUUAUAUGCAUUUAUUAUUACAGUACAGCGGCUUACAGUUUGGGUCACUUAAUGUGGUGCAUCAUUAAAGUAGAAAGAAUGUGAAAAGCUGUAAACUUUUUCUGUGAAUUUUUCCUCACAUUGUACGUUACACUGUACUGUAUGUAUAUUGUAAAAUGAUAAUUACUUAUAUUUUUUUACAUAUGUAUCAAUGUGGUUGUUAUAUUGUAUGUAUGUAUAUAUUGUAUCUAAUAGCUGUUUAGAUAAAGUGUUUGAAUGACAUAUCUCCUGGAGAAAGUGUGUGGGUGUCACACAGACCUGACGAGUUGUAUAAUUAUAAUUUAUUGUCAUUUUUAUUUUUCUGAUAAAUGUAGAAUGUGAACAGCUAUGAUAAUCCUCACAAUGUUAUAAAGGUCUUUGGUCACAUGAAGCUCUUAAUUCAACUAUAAGGGUCCAGUAGAAACUGGGUGCACUGUAUUAGAAUCAAGACUAUGUUCUUAGUCAGUGUUUAUUUGAUGCUGAGCAUUUUUAUUUAUUUAUUUAUUUUCUGAGGUAGCAUUUUGCAGUUUUAUUAUUUUGAAAACCACUUUUAAUUAAAUAUUUUGUCCGUUUUCUUGUUUAUUUUUCUACUCACAUAGCAUUAUGUGGUUGCUGGUUAUAAAAAUUAAUGAAAGUUGGCAAUUUACAACAACAAAAAAGAAUUCACAGCAGGUGUUAUGGUGGUGCAGUGGAUAGGCUAAUUGGUGAGUAUAAAUUGCCCAUAGGUAUAAGUGUGGGAGUGAAAGGUCUAUGUGCCUUGCAAUGGAUUGGCGACCUGCCCACAAUGUAUUCCUGCCUCUUGCCCAAUGCAUGCUGGGAUAGGCUCCAGCCCCCCAUGUGACCCUGACCACAAAUGAGCUAGUUAGGUGAUGGAUAGAUGGAUGGAAAACACACCACUCUUGUUUAAAUGAGAACUUUAAAGUUAAGAACAA